AUGUCAGAGGACAAGAAGCCGCGCUUUCUGCAGCAGACCACUUCGCAGCUGCUGCAUCAGCAGGAGGCGCUGCGCAAGCGCCGAGAGAUGCUGGAGCGUGAGAGCACAAAGCCGCCGGCCAUGCGCUUUGGCACGAACACGCCGCCACGCACCGCAGGACGUCAUGGGCGGUCGCCUGCGCCGCCGUCGUCAGCGUGUGAGCGCCAUGCUUCGCAUUCGGUGCCGCCGCCGCCGCCAAGUAGUGGCGUUCACCGCGAGCUGAACUGGAGCCGUUCCGAGGACGAAAAAACGGCGGAGCGCGCGCCGAUGCGCUUUUCUAUGCUGUUUCGUCCGCCACCGACCCCGGCGGCGCUGGGACGCCCGCGCUCUGCCACCAGUUUCCACACGCCACUGUCACCACGUCCGCGCGAGGUGAACACAUCAGAUCAUGUGGAUGCAACGAUUACCAAGCUUUACAAGGAGCCCUCCUCACCGCGUACAAUGUCGCCGCACUCGCCAGUGUCGCAGCGGAGUCGGGUGGAACACGACUGUGCGUGCAGCAAGAACGCUGCUGCGCACCUAUUGGUGCCCAACCCUUCAAGAGCCGCGCAGGCCACUGCGGCUGACACAACCCAAAUAAAGGCUUCUCUAACGCCGGCGGACGGCGCAACGCCGGCACGCGCAGCGGUGGAGCGGUACGCCAGUACGCCGGAAGCCCUCUCUCGGGAGGCUCUCGCAGAUGAGCAGGAUGAGGCAACCGGUAUUGCAGCCUUCUCCAACACGUUCCCUGUACCCCGCUUCACCCCCAUUUCACCUGUCGUUGCUUCAGCUACAAAGAGAGCUCAGCAAACGUGCGAGGGGGAGCAGAGCACACCCACGCGUCUCGCCGUCGGGGAGUUCCGCACACCGCGUCCUUUGGCGCCGCUCUCUAAUGCCGCCACUCCCGCCCUUGGCUGCCCUGCAUCCGCGCAGGGAGAGGGCGUCACCCAGCAAGCACCUGUGGCGCUGAAUGACGAGGCAGAAGCGAGGCGUACACUCUCCCCAAUCCCGGCACCGCUUCCACACGUACGUCCAGGUGCAGACGCCUCUGGUGGCGCGCAGGAAGGCGCACACUCCACUCCCCGUGACGAUGAAGCGCACACGAGCACACAGCAUGGCGAAGCCGAGAUAGCCGCACCGCGGGAGGCAACUCGUUUCUCUCUCACUGCUGGGGACGCAUCGCCGCAUCGUCAGACCUCGUCACCGCCGCGCCGUAACAAAGCGAGUCCGGUACCAACCGCGCAGGACCUCAUUCACAGCGUGCAGGUCUCAGCGGAGAAGCGCCCAUGCGGCUGCGAGCGAGCUAUGCCAUUGCCAGAGAACUGGCCCCCACGCCGUGCUACCGCCACGCCGUCGCGCACGGGCUCGCCGCCGCCGACGCCGGUGCCCCCUUCGCACGAACCCAUGACAGACUUUGGCGCACCCACGCAGAAGUGCUGUGACCGCCCGACGCCUGCGUCGCUCUCCUCGCAGCCUGCGGGCGGGGACGUAUGCAACAUCAUCUCUGGCGCCUCCUCUGCUUCCCCGUGGCCCACCACGGAAAACAUCAUCAACAGCAUUAUGGCAGGGUGCGGCGAGGGGCAGCGACGCGGCAGAGAGGACUGCGCAGCAGCAGCUGCACACACACUGCCACGUGAAGACGACGGCGGUGCCUCAGAGCGGUCCUCGUACGAGGAAGCGAAUGUGUCGCCCACGAACUCGCAUGCCGUGGCUGUGCCGGAGAUGUUUGGCAUGAAUGCCGACACCGAGAAUGAGCAGUGCAUCCGAGGGGACGCCUUCGGCGCCACACUCGAGGCCCACGCUGCCGCGCACACGCCGUCGCCCGUCCCGUCGGACCGGCAGUACGGUCAGAGCAUACUUGCGUCCAUCGAGAAGCGGCGUUGCGGACGACCCACCCCGCCGGAGCGCCACGUCUCCGUCGCCACAGCUGAGGACUCUCGCGGACAUGCGGCUUACACCACAAGCGCGUCUCCACAGCUGUGUGCCAGCCACCUCCUCCACAGCCUAGAGGUGUCAAUCGACAAAGACAGUCAGCGCUGUAAGCCAGUGGAGCGGCCAUCGGAGGCGGAGGGGAGUGGCACCGGCGAUGAAACGUCUGGAGAAGCCGCGGGACGCCUCGCAAGUCUUCGCACUCCCUCACCCACACCCACGCCGGAGCACGUCAUCGCUAGCCUGCAGGCCUCCGCCGAAAAACGGACGCGCUCUGGCGCCGUUGAUACCGCCAGUGGGCCCACAGGCUCCUCGCCCGCGGCAGCGACAAACCCCGGCCGCAGCUCCUACCAGUCACCAACGCUGACGCCGCAAAAUGUGAAGGACAGCAUGCAGAAGCUCAUGAGGGAACAGCAGCAGGCGGCCCGCUCCGACGCCCCGGCUCCGCUCCGGCCGUGGGUAGAGACGCCGAAGGGAAUCGCAAACGCCGCGAGCGGCGCGGACCUGUGGAACGCGUCGGCGUCACCGGUGGUGACAGCGGAGAAUGUGGACGUCACGCUGGAGACCCUCGAACGCGACCAGCGAUACCAUUCCCGAUCCUCGCGCGCGCCGCAGAUGGCUGACAUCUCGCCCGAGGAGCGGCACGCCACACUUCUAUGCGACAGCGUCGUCUCUCCUAUGAAGGUGGCAGAGACCGCUGCCCUGGAGGAUAUGAGCGACAUCCCGGCGCCCUCUCCUGAAGUGGCUGCCCUGACCUCUGUGGUAUCGCCGGUGCCUUCGGAGUUCGCAGUGGCGUCGGCGAUGUUCUUUGAUUGUGUGAGUGCCCCUCCGACACCGGCUUUGGAGAAUGUAGAAGCAGCGAAGAAGGAUAUCGGAGGUCCUGAAUCGACCAUCCGCAGGCGCGAGUCCGCGCACGUGCCACCACAGUUCUACGAUCUGCAGCGUGAGGUGGCUGCCAUCUCGGAGGGGCGCUGUCGCACUCGCACGCCGCCGCCGGUGCAAGUGCGUGAGCUACGAUCCUCAUUACCGGUAUCCGCGACUCCGCUGGCGGAGGAGGACACCCCGCGCGCUGAGGCGUCGAUGGAGCAGGCAGAGGUCGCUGUCAGCGCACCACUGGAUCACCCGCACAACGCGAUAGGCAGCUGCGGCGCUUCAGCGGACAAAGACGCCGAAGAGGAGGCGAUGGCGCGUCGCAGCAGUCUCAUCUUGGUGCAUCCGACAAGAACCCCUCAGGCACUUCUUCAGCAUCCGCACAAGCCGAUGCCCGCUGUUGCUCCCCCCAGCAUUAGCCCGGUGCAGGUGCCACGCGCGCCGACGCCGCAGCCGCGGCACCCCUUGCAGCGGGAUCUGUUUCUGACGGGCGAGGGAGGACCGGUAAGCGGCUUCCGCGGUGAGCACUGCGAGUCGCCGCUGCCACGUCCUGUCUCGCUGCGGUCGCAGGUGUCGCUGGCGAAGUCGUUGCAGAUGUCGCACAGCCACCCGCACUCGCGCAGUCCGGCACCGGCGUGGGGCUCAUCGUGCGCCUUUCCUGUAGAAAACGACGGCAUGCGCGCACCGCUGCCUCAGACGGGCGUGCAGCUACCAGCACACUGCGCCGGAGCCGGGCAGCGCGAUGAGGACACGGAUCAGCAAGCGGGUUUGUUUGAUCCCAAGAACGAUUGGAUGGACCUUGUCGAGCCGCUGCGGCCACUUACGAUAACAGUCUCCCCGCAAGGCGGCAGUGUUGUGUACACGGAGCACUCCUCGAUAGAUCUAUCUAGAAACCGUGAGAGGACGGCGGGUCCUGGAUCUCCAUCGUCCUCUCGCAAGCGUAGCCGUAGCGCGCAGACCCCACUCGCUGCAAGCCGGCAGAUGGCUGCGACGACGCCGGCAAGCAUCGCCCUUACCAUGGAUGACGGCGUCUUGUCAGGCAGCAGGUCGUUGCAUGUGGCUGCAACGCCCUACUCGCAUGUGUCGCAGACCCCUGGCAGCUCGACGCGUGGGCGCAAAAGCCAAGCGGAGACGCUGCUGGAGAUGCUACCUGCCGAGGUAGUGGCGGAAGUGGCCCGUAUAGAAUCAGCAGAGGAAGCUGUGGCAGCUGUCACUGCAUCAGCGGCGGCGUCAGCAGAUUCGCAUGGUCUGCGGCCGUCUCUUGGCUCAUCCGACGGGCGAUUCAGUGGCGUCUCCGACGGGGACUCGACAGCCGGGAUAAUGUCGACCAUUUCUCAGCGUGUCUCGCAACGGCCGCAGCGUGUCUAUCACAAGAGCGACUACUAUAUUCAGUACCUCGAGGGCAUCGCCACCUCCAUUGCAAGGAAGGCGCGCAAAGCUGCGGGUCGCCGCGUACAUCGAGCUGUCGUGAAGGACAUCGCCAGCGCCACGGCGAAGACUACCGUGCAGCGCGCCGGCGGGGGCGAGUCGCCUGCAUCUGCGAGGGUGUCUCCCGCAGAGUCUCCAGCGCUGCGUGGCGGCCGCAGCCACUCGACGUCCUCGCGUGGCGGUGGACGCGCUGCUGCGCGCGCGAAGAGGUCGCCGAUGCACGCGUCGGAGGAGGUGGUUGUGUCACCGCAGACGCCGUCCCCCACCCGUGUCGGCGGCCGCGGGGAGCUGAAGGUUUCGACGAGGCUGUCUUCAGAGCUCCAGAAGGCGUUGUUUCAGCAACCGUCUCCGGCGAAGGCAAAGCAGCAGCGAAGCCCUCGCGGUGCCUCUCCGAAGCUCUCGACCAAGACGACCAAAACGGCGAAGAAGUCGCCGACCGCCUCCCCAAAGAGCGGGCCCUCCGCCUCAUCUACCACCAAAGCGAAAACGGCAAAGACGCCUCCGCCGUCCACCCGCGGCAAGAAGUCGGUGAAGAAGUUUAUGACAGCCAAGUCGAUGCGGCAGCCGCGUCGAGGUGCAAAGCACGGCAAAGCGUAG